AUGCCCGACGCCUCCGCUUCCGGGGCCUCGGCGGCCCAAAGCGACGCGGCGCGCAACCGGCGCGAGCACAAUCAGGGCAACCAGGAGCGCAAGUACACAGUCGAGCAGAAGGCGGCGGUGCUGCGCAUCCGGCGAUGCCAGCCGACGGCCUUCUACGAGAUCCUGGAACUGCAAAAGUCAUGCAGCGACGGCGAGGUCAAGAAAGCGUACCGCAAGCUGUCGCUGCUGACGCACCCGGACAAGAACGGCCACGAGCACGCCGAUGAGGCCUUCAAGAUGGUGGCGCGCGCGUUCAGCGUGCUGGGCGACAAGGAGAAGAGGGACAAGUUUGACCGCUUCGGCACCGACCCCGACAGCCGCUUCGCCAACGCCCAAGCGCAGGCCCAGCAGAAUCCGUUUGCUGGGUUCGCGCGGAGAGGCGGUGGCGGCGGGGGGUUUGGGGAGGAAGAGAUCAGUCCUGAGGAGAUGUUUGCGCGGUUCUUUGGGGGAGGUGGGUUUGGAGGGCCUUUCGGAGGCUUUGAUGGCGGGCCACAGUUCGUCUUUAAUUUCGGAGGAGGGCCAGGCGUUCGGGUGCAUCAGUUCGGCGGCGCGCGGCCACGGGCAAGGCCUCGCAACCCAGGGCAAGAAGAGCCGGCGAGCAUAUGGACUACUAUUUUCGGGCUGUUGCCCAUUCUUCUCCUCGUCGUCUGGCCCAUCCUCUCGUCCAUAUUUUCGGGUAUUUCGUCCUCGACACCGGCAACGCCCAGCAUGGUCUUCGACGAACCGCACCCGCCGCUGUACACGAUGGAGCGUACCAUGCCCCAUUUCAAGGUCAGAUACUACCUUAACCCGGUCGACGUCCACUCCUACACCCCUGCCAAGCUAGCGUCGCUCGACAAGAGGGCCGAGGUUGUGCUCGUGCAGCAAUUGCGCAUCAAGUGCGAGAACGAGGUGUCGCAUAAACAGCAAUUGCGCAACGCGGCACAGGGCUGGUUCUUCCAGGACCCGGAUAAGAUGGAAGUCGCGAAAGCAUUUGACAUGCCGGCGUGUAACAGGUUGAACUCGUUGGGAGUAUAG